AUGGCUCCUCACUCGCUUGAACAAGAAGACCACUCGCGCGAUGCUGCCUUCAACAAGGUCAUGCACGGUUCUUCUGCCCAGAAGAGAGGUGGUUUCGCCGCCAUGUUGAGCAAGGGUGCAGAUGGCCAAAAGGCCGCUGUUGACGAAAGAGCCGAAUACGCUACCCUCACUCGUCACUACUACAACCUGGCUACCGACCUUUACGAGUAUGGUUGGGGUCAAUCCUUCCACUUCUGCCGUUUCGCAUACGGCGAACCUUUCAGACAAGCUGUUGCCCGUCACGAGCACUACCUCGCCCACGUCAUGAACCUCAAGGAGAACAUGAAGGUCCUGGAUGUAGGUUGUGGUGUUGGUGGCCCUGCUAGAGAAAUUGUCAAGUUCUCUGGCGCAAACGUUACUGGUCUCAACAACAACGACUACCAGAUUGAGAGAGCUACUCACUACGCUGCAAAGGAGGGUCUUUCACACAAGCUCGACUUUGUCAAGGGUGACUUCAUGAACACUUUCGACGCUGUUUACGCCAUCGAGGCCACCGUUCACGCUCCCUCCCUUGAGGGUAUCUACUCUCAAAUCUUCCGCGUCCUCAAGCCCGGCGGUGUUUUCGGUGUUUACGAAUGGCUCAUGACUGAUGCUUACGACAACGACAACCCUCACCACCGUGAAAUCCGUCUCGGUAUCGAGGUUGGUGAUGGUAUUUCCAACAUGGAGAAGAUUGAGGUUGCCCUUGCCGCCAUGAAGGCUGCUGGAUUCGAGCUUGAGAUCAACGAGGACCUUGCAGACCGCCCCGACCCUUACCCCUGGUACUGGCCUCUUUCUGGUCAGCUCAAGUACAUGAGCAGCAUUUGGGAUUUCCCUACACUUGUCCGUAUGACCAAGAUUGGUCGCUGGACUGCACACAACUUUGUUGGCACUCUCGAGAGAUUUGGCCUUGCUCCUAGGGGUACCCAGAAGACCGCCGACUCAUUGGCCGUUGCCGCUGAUGCUCUCGUUGCUGGUGGCAGAGAGAAGCUCUUCACUCCCAUGUACCUCAUGGUUGGUCGCAAGCCCAUGAACGCAUAA